AUGUCUGUGUGCCAGGAUAGCUCCCUCUUCGCAGAGAAGCCUUUUGAAUGUAAUGAGUGCGGCAAAGGCUUCCGCUGGAGCACAGAACUUACUGUCCAUCAGAGAAUUCACACUGGAGAAAAACCUUACGAAUGUAAUGACUGUGGGAAGGCCUUCCGCCAGAGCUCCCAACUUACUAUCCAUAAGAGAAUUCAUACUGGAGAGAAGCCUUAUGAAUGUCAUGAAUGUGGGAAGGCCUUCCACCAGAGUGCGGGACUUACACAGCAUCAGAGAAUUCAUACUGGAGAGAAACCUUAUGAAUGUCAUGGAUGUGGAAAGGCCUUCCACCAGAGUGCGGGACUUAUGCAACAUCAGAAAAUUCAUACUGGAGAGAAACCUUAUGAGUGUAAUGAGUGCGGGAAGGCCUUCCAUCAGAGCUCACAGCUUACUGUACAUCAGAGAAUUCAUACUGGAGAGAAACCUUAUGUUUGUAAAGAAUGUGGAAAGGCCUUCCACUGGAGUUCACGGCUCACACAACACCAGAGAAUCCAUACUGGAGAGAAACCUUAUGAAUGUAAUGAUUGUGGGAAAGCUUUCCGCCAAAGCUCACAACUCCUUGUACAUCAGAGAAUCCACACAGGAGAGAAACCUUAUGAAUGUAAAGAAUGUGGGAAGGCCUUUCACCGAAGUACAGGGCUUACGCAACAUCAGAGAAGUCACACAGGAGAGAAACCUUAUGAAUGUAAUGAAUGUGGGAAGACGUUCCUGCAGAAGUCUUGGCUUACCGUCCAUCAGAGAAUUCACACUGGAGAGAAACCUUAUGGAUGUAAGGAAUGUGGAAAGGCCUUCCGCCGGAGCUCACAGCUGACUCAGCAUCAGAUCAUUCAUACCAGGGAAAAACCUUACGAAUGCCAUGAAUGUGGGAAGACUUUCCACCAGACCUCUCAGCUCAUUCGACAUCAGAUAAUUCAUACAGGAGAGAAACCUUAUAUUUGUAAUCAGUGUGGGAAGGCCUUCCGACAGAGUAAACACCUUACUCGGCAUGAGAUAAUUCAUACUGGAGAGAAACCCUAUGAAUGCAGUGAAUGCGGGAAGGCCUUCCGCCGGAGCAUAGAACUUACUCGACAUCAGACAAUUCAUAGUGGAGGGAAACCUUUUGAAUGUACUGAGUGUGGGAAGGCCUUCCGCCUGAGAACAAGGCUUACUGAACACGUGAGAAUUCACACCGAAGAGAAGCCUUAUGAAUGUAAUGAGUGCGGGAAAGCCUUCCGCCAGAGUGCAGGACUUAUACAGCACCAGAGAAUUCACACUGGAGAGAAGCCUUACGGAUGUAGUGUGUGUGGGAAGACUUUCCGCCAGAGCUCACAGCUUAUUCGACAUCAGAGGACUCAUACUGGAGAGAAACCUCAUGAAUGCAACAUCUGUGAAAAUGCCCUCUGCCUGAGUAAACAGCUCACCCAGCAGUACCCUACACAAGCUGGAGAGAAGCUGUAGGAAGGGGGAAACCUAAUGAAUGUAAUGAACAUGAGGAUUUCAGCCGGAACAGAGAACUUAUACCAAAGGAAAUCUUAUAGUUGAAGCAAGUUAGUGUCUCAUGUCCUAUAGUGACCAUUCCAAACCAUUCCAUUUCCUUUCUCGAGUCUCAAGCCUUCCAUCUUCCCUAGUGUCUCCUCUUACAGCAGAUGACUUUGCCACAUUUUCCCCCCAAAUUAAGGCUAUCUAAAUUGAGCUGAUUUCCUCAAUUUCACAUCUAUACAGUUCUUAGAAAUAUCCAUUGUUUUCUCUUAUGCCUUUUAGUAACAAAAAAAAAAAAAUCACAGAAUCAUCUAAGUAGAAGCAUGGUUCUAAUCCAAUGUGGCCCAGUCUUUAUUCUUAGAAGAACCUUAGCUAGAGCAUAUAAAACAAAGUGAAAAUGCUUUCCCCAUUAGAGUCUCAAUGUUAAUGUCAUAAAGGACAUCGGGCUCCCUAGUCUAUCUUCCACCUGGAUAAGAACACCUUCUACAAUAAACUCACCAAGGGGUCAUUCGUGCUUUGCUGGAAGGCCUCUUAAGGGAGUGGGGACCAUUUUCUCUUGAUGUACUCCAUUCCUGAACAACCUCCUCCUGUUACUCUGGUUUCUGAGCCAUACGGCUAGAUAGAAAAAAGUCCCUGACUAGAUCUACCAUGUUCCCCUAUUGCACAAACACUUGAAGCUCUUGCUCAUGUUCCCCAAUUCCCCCAGCCCAGGGUCCAGUGACCAUCCUGCUGUCCUCUGCAUGCUCUCCAGCUUGUCAGGAUCCUUACACUGAUUCCCCACCACCCAAACUGGACAGUGUCCUCCAGGUGGGUUCUAAGAAGGGCCAAGUCCAGCCCCAGGCUAUCACCAGAUGUUUCUUCUAAUAUACCCAUUAUCAAAUGAAUGAAGUAACCUUGAUAACUGUAUCCUAUCCUAUACCAACCCGGCUCUCUUCUUCAUUAUGUAAUUAUCCCCUAAAUGCUACUGGCAUUAGUAUUUCUGCUUUAUGAUGAGGAAACCACGGCUUCGAGAGAUACAUAAUUCAUGUUAUGUCUUCAGCCUCUCACCCAACAUCUCAA